CUAUAUACCCUUCUAAUUUCCAAGUCAGAUUGCUGUAAAUUAAAAGGGAGAAUUGUGUUAAAUUUAAAAUGCCAUGUCACCUUCCCUUCUGUCAGUACUCUCGAUGAAACCUCUGAACUGAGCGGAGCUUAUCAAUGGCGUCCCAAAUGGCGAUCCUCUCCAGAGCCCGUAAAACCCUCCUCAAAACCCUAAACCACCACAACAAUCCCUUUAAAGCUUCCAUUUCCACCUUCACAUUCCUCUCCCUGGAAGCCCAACUCGCCGAGCCCAGCCUUCCCCCGCCAUCUCCCACUCCACUUCCUCCCAACCCCGCCUCAGGGAGCCCGCUCUACAAGUAUUUUUUAUGGAUGGAUCUUUACUUUAUUUAUAUCAGGAUGCUGCAGACAGGAAAAGAAUCUAUGGCUGAUGAUGAGUCAUAUGAAUUGGUUGUUGGUAUGCUGUUUUUGACAGACGAGAUUGAUGCUGCCUUGAGAUAUGUUGAUUUGACUUUGAAAUCUGGUUAUAUGUUGUCAAUGAGGGUUUUUGCUGAGUGUGUGAGAAGUUGUGUUAACAAAGGUAGGCUGGAUGCUUUGGUGUCUAUUAUAGAGAGGUGCAAGACAAUGGAUCAAAAUAAAGCUCUUUCUCCCUCCUGGAACAUGUGCAUCUUCAUUGCAGAUAUUGCGAUGCAAUAGGAUAAUAGCAAGUUAGCUUUUUAUGCCCUGUAAUUCAUGGCCAGAUGGAUUGCUCGGGGUGAGAAUGCAAGAGGUCAUGUUCUACUCUCUGUGGAUGAGGGGCUUGUUGUAUCAACACUUGGAACUGCUGGUAGGACUUACAGUUCUACUCUUGUAGAUGCAUCAUGGGCGAUCCUACGAGAUCAUUGCGUCAAAAGAAGG